AUGGGUUUUGGAUUUAUGCUUCAAUUCUCUGUUAUGGGUGCCUGGGGUAUUUUACCGAUAUAUUUGACAGAGUUGACUGCUACCACCCCAUUACGGGCCCUGGUUACAGGUACUGACUUCCAGCUUGGAAAUUUAGCCUCUUCUGCCUCUUCAACCAUCGAAGCAGAAUUAGGCAAGAAUUUUCCGUUGCCCGAAUUGGGUCCAACUGUAUACAAUUACGGUAAGGUUAUGUGUAUAUUCCUUGGAGCAGUUACAGGCUCUAUGAUUAUCGCACUUUUCUUUGGACCUGAGAGGUUUCACCAGGUCAUCAAAACUGAUUUCAUGAUUGAGGAAAGUGAUCCUACCAGUGAAUCAGAGUUAACAUCCACUAUUGAGAGAAUACAAUCUGAUAAAAAUGAUACAUAG